GGACCAAGAGGCCCCCGACCCUCCCCACUAACAACGGAAUCGCAGCGAACACUCUGACGCCUGUGCUGGUGUCAGAGACAGUUUUAACCACCUGACUUGUGUUUGCGGGCGGGGGUUGGGGGGUGUGCGUGUCGCCGAGCAGCUCAGCCCUGUUCAUUCGCGCGAGUUUGUCCACCGCGUCCCCGGGCAUCUCCGGAGCCAGCGCUACCCGGGCGCCAAGGACAAGCACUGAGCAAGCCCGCCCGCUCCUGCCCAGCGGCCCAGCCAGAACCCGGGUCCGGAGGGAGCACCUGUGGUGUCACGAUGCUACCUCUCAGCACCAUCGAGGGCCAGGAAACGGAGGAGGUGCAGACCAAGCCGCCGGAGAAAGGAGUCCUGCUUUCAGAGAACCCUGAUGAUCCACCAAAGAAGCCCAUCAGAAUGAAGGGAACAAUGUUAUUCAGAGUCCUGCCGUUCUGUCCUGUGAUUCCCUGGACAUCUUCGGAGCCAGCGCUGCGCGGGCGCCAAGGACAAGCACUGAGCAAGCCCGCCCGCUCCUGCCCAGCGGCCCAGACAGAACCCGGCUCCGGAGGGAGCACCUGUGGUGUCACGAUGCUACCUCUCAGCACCAUCGAGGGCCAGGAAACAGAGGAGGUGCAGACCAAGCCGCCGGAGAAAGGAGCCCUGCUUCCUGAGAACCCUGGUGAGCCGCGGAAGAAGUCCACUGGAAUGAAGGGAAGACUGUCAUUCAAAGUCCUGCCAUUCUGUCCCAUGCCAAGUGUUUGCUUCACUUAUUACUUGGAACCGGAUGACUCUGACUCUGAUUCCCAAUUUCCUCCUGAACCUUCGAAACCUGACCCAAAUUGCACCUUUGUUCCUCUGCCUGUGUUAGAGUUUCGUGAAAUCAAGGUGUGUGAAUGUCCCCUGUGCUGUCUCAGCUUUGUCACUGCUUCCUAAUACCUGAGCUCCCUCUGCUUCCUACUCUUGACUCAGCACCCUGGAAUCAUGCAUGCUGGGCUACUGUGAUGUAAAAUCCCGAAAUACAGCUGCUUAAAUAAACUGAACUUGAUGUC